AUGGUUGCUCAACUGAAUCAACUCAACAAUGAAGUGAAGCACAUCAACAAUGAAGUGAAGCACAUCAACAGUUACCUGGAGAGCAGCAGCGGACAGAAAUGGUACGUCAGCAGAAAGGGACAUAUCCGAGUGCUGAUCACCCCCACCCUGUUCUCCCUGAGGGAUGUGGACACCGUCAAACAGGAGUUCUCCGCAGAACUCUGGUACGAAAUCUUCUACAAGGACCAGACGCUGAAGGGGACUAAAAACCGAGACGAUGUAGACUGGGAUAACCAGUGGGAUCCGCGGAUCGUGUUGAGGAACACGACGAGCAUCGAAACGGUGAGCUCAGCACAAAACCUGAUCCCGGUAGUCGGGGAGGACGUGCCCAUCGUGCACGAGUUCAGGAAGGUUCGGGCAACCUUCAAGGUGGACAUGGACCUCACCGACUUCCCUGUUGACCACCAGGAACUGACCGUCCAACUGAUGUCAGGAUGGCCAAUCAAGAAAGCGGACCUGAGAAAGAACUAUGGGUCUAAUGACACCAUUACUGAUGAGGACUUUGCAGACAAAGAUCAGUGGACAGUGAGCAAGUUUCUAGAGUGCAAACAUGACAAAAAAACUAACAUUCAGUCCGAAACCUUCGGCGAGUACCCCGUGUACAACAUCACCGCGCAUGUGCAGAGGAAAUCGUCUUUCUACUUAUGGAACACCGUACUCAUCUUGUUCAUCAUCAUUGCCCUCUCCUUCACGGUGUUCUCCAUCCCACUGGAAGACCACAAAGACCGUCUCGGCAUCACCUUCACCCUGCUGCUCACCACAGUGGCCUUCAAACUGGUGGUUUCCCAGUAUCUUCCCACUGUCUCCUACCUGACUCUCUUGGACAAGUACGUGCUGGGGUGCGUCAUCUUCCAGUGUGUGGUGGCAGUGCAGAACACUGUGGCCUCGGUGAUUAGGGACAAGGAACACGCCAGGCUGUUUGACGGCGUGUGUGUGGGCCUGUUUGGGGCUGCAGUCCUCUUGGCACAUCUGGUCAUUGGGAUCUACGUUUGGAUGAAGCGAAAAGAGAACAGCCGAAAGCUGCAAGAGGUAGACAAGAAGUUCGGGGGGCUCAAGGAACAAGUUGACAAAGCUUACGACGAGCGUGACAAGAACGCACCGGGGAGCACCAAGACCAACAUGAUCAUCAAGGGCUUUACCGCUGAAGAGGUUCGAGGGUUUAAGCCAAACUACGAAUCGGAUAGUGAAAAUACACCACUUGUGUAGGACCUUCUACACGACCUAUGGCUGGGGAGACCUGUGUGUGCCCUGCCGACUGAAGCGUACUCGGACGCCCAUCCUGGUCUCAACGUUUUUUUUGCUUCGUUGGUUUCAAAAGUUGAUUCCAAAACAUUAAAAUGUCGUAUGCAUAUAAUUGUUAACUGGAUG